AAAAAAAAAAAAAAACAUAGAAGUGAGCGAGCGAGCAUAACAAUUGCCUAGGUGGCUCGUCUAUCAUCACAAAUGAAAGCCACUCAAAUUCCAGCUACAACAACACAAACAGUUGUUCUUGUUCAUUGAUCGGGUACCUCAGAACUUCAUUAAUUCGCCAAAAACACCAAAAUCAUCUUUCUUCAGAUUCGAGCGGACUAUUUGUGGUGUCGAAAAAUUACCCUUUUUUCUCUCCUUCUCUCUCCUCCAGCAAGAGGGGGUAAGCAAUGGCUUGUGUUUCGCGGUCAGUAAUAUCAGUUGCAACAAAUACAAGCUCAUUUACAUUCAAGAAUAAUCAAUUAAGUAAGAAAAUUGGGCGAAUUAAUGUUUCCAACUUCAAAAUUCGAGCUUCUUCCAAUGAGUCUGAUGAUUGCAAUGCCGAAGAAUGCGCCCCUGAUAAAGAGGUAGGAAAGGUUAGUGUGGAAUGGUUGGCUGAAGAGAAGACCCAGGUGGUGGGAACAUUUCCACCUCGGAAAAAGGGUUGGACCGGGUACAUAGAGAAAGACACGGCUGGCCAGACGAAUAUCUAUUCAGUUGAGCCCGUGGUAUAUGUGGCAGAAAGCGCUAUCAGCUCAGGAACUGCAGGUUCUUCUUCUGAUGGUGCAGAGAACACGUCAGCUAUUGCAGCGUUUCUUGGCCUAUUCAUUGUUGCAGGUGCCUCAUCAAUCCUGCUUCAGGUUGGUAAAAAUGCGCCCCAAAUGCAAACAACAGUCUAUUCUGGACCAUCACUAAGCUACUAUGUAAACAAGUUUAAGCCCACGGAAACCAUUGAAGUUUCUGCACCUAGCCCAAGUGAAAGUUCCUCAACCACUGAGUCUAGCCAAAGUGAUACCUCCUCUGCAACUGAGUCUCAAACCUCCACCACCGAAGUUCCACCAGUGCCCGUUGAAUCUAGAGCUGAGCUAGAGUCUUCUGUUUCAAAUGAAGAGAAUGUCUCUUAGAUAAAAUUAUCUUGCUACUCGAUACUGUAUAAUUCUGCAAUUUUUUUAGUUCUGUAAAGCAACUUCUACUACAGAUGAUACUCGUAUAUUUCAUAAUAUAGAGAUCUUCACUUAACCAACACUAAUGAGAUUUAGAAGAC